UAUAUCAAAACUCACUUUACCACAAGGUCCGCAACAGGGUAAUGUUAAGAGCAUUGAUAACUUGGCCCCCGUCUCACCAUCCCAUCGCCUGAGCUAUAAAGAUUAAAGAAUCUCCGUAUUCCUUUCGCGGAGUUCAAUAACUUCAAUCCCGUUAACAUUAACAUUCCAUCUCAUCACCAACGGAGGCUGCUUUCCCAAUCCACCCACUGUAUUAGUCCGAUUCUCUGCUUCGUUGUCUCUUCCACAACAUUUCACUCCUUCCAAUACAGAAACACACGGACAGAGGAAGAAAGAGAGUUUUGUUUUUCUAAUUAUUAUUAUUAUUUUUUUGUGGGGGGUUACGUUGGGCUUAGGGAGGGAGCUCGGGAAGAGGGCGACGUAAACCAGAGAAAAACCUGUUAACCAGGCCGAGAACCAGAGGGGGGGAGAGAGAGAGAGUUAAAAAACAGAACCUGCUUCUGCUGUUUUGAUCCCAAACCAAAAAUGGGUCUCGCAGCAUUUCUAUUCUGUGUCAUAUUUUUGUUAACAAGCCCAACAUGGGCCCGUGCAAAUGCAGAGCUCAGAGCGCUCAUGGAUAUGAAAGCAGCUUUGGACCCACAGAACCAGUAUCUCUCUUCAUGGACCAUCGAUGGCACCCCAUGCGACGGUUCCUUUGAAGGUGUUGCUUGCAAUGAGAGAGGUCAAGUGGCGAACAUUUCGUUGCAGGGAAAAGGGCUAUCAGGCAAGGUCUCUCCGGCCGUUGCUGGGCUCAGGCACUUGACGGGGCUAUACUUGCAUUAUAACUCUCUGCACGGAGAGAUACCAAGAGAAAUAGUAAAUUUGACUGAGCUGACUGAUUUGUAUCUAAAUGUGAAUAAUCUCUCUGGAUGGAUACCUCCCGAGGUCGGAAACAUGGCUGGUUUACAAGUGUUGCAACUUUGUUAUAACCAGUUCACCGGAAGCAUUCCUACACAGCUGGGUUCUCUAAAGAGGCUUAGUGUUCUUGCUUUGCAAUCUAACAAAUUAACUGGAGCAAUCCCUGCAAGUUUAGGGGAUUUGGGUCUGUUAAGGAGGCUAGACUUGAGCUACAAUCAGCUCUUUGGUUCAAUUCCCUCAAAAUUGGCCAACGCCCCUUCGCUGGAAGUUCUAGACAUUCGGAACAAUACUCUCUCUGGCAGAGUACCUCUUGCUUUGAAAAGACUGAAUGGUGGAUUCCUAUGCCAGAACAACAUUGGUUUAUGUGGGGUUGGGUUUUAUCCUUUGAAAACUUGUAAUGCUUCAAAUCAUCUCAAUCCGAGUCAACCUGAGCCCUAUGGACUGGGUGGAACUAAUUUGCCUACAAGAGACAUACCAGAGACUGCAAGCGUGCAAUUACCUUGCAACCAUACUCGGUGCUCAAAUCUGUCAAAAUCGCCUAGAUCCUCUGUUGCUGUUGGCGUAAUUGUGGUAACAAUUGCACUAUCGGCUAUAGGAAUUCUGAGCUUCAUUCAGUAUCGCCACCGUAAACAGAAACUCAGCUCCAAGUUUGAUAUUUCAGUUAACCGUCUUGAUACUGAUCAGGCCAAGGGGUUGUACCGGAAGAAUGGCUCUCCUCUAAUCAGCCUUGAGUACGCCAGUGGGUGGGACCCUUUAGCUGAUGGGCGACAUUUCAGUGGGUUUGUGAAAGAAGUCUUCCAAAGCUUUAGGUUCAACUUGGAAGAGGUGGAGUCAGCUACUCAGUACUUCUCGGAGCUGAACUUGUUGGAUAAGAGUAACUUCUCUGCAACUUACAAAGGAAUACUGAGAGAUGGCUCCAUUGUCGCUAUUAAGAGCAUCGGAAAAAGUAGCUGCAAGUCAGAGGAAGCUGAGUUUUUGAAGGGAUUAAACAAUUUGACCUCAUUGAGGCAUGAGAAUCUGGUAAGAUUGAGAGGAUUUUGCUGUUCAAGGGGCCGUGGUGAGUGCUUUCUCAUCUAUGAUUUUGUUCCCAACGGGAAUUUAUUGCACUAUCUCGAUGCAAAGGAUGAUGGCCACGUCCUUGAAUGGUCAACUAGAGUUUCUAUCGUGAAUGGGAUUGCAAAAGGUGUAGCAUAUUUACACAGUUCCAAAGGGAACAAACGGGCUCUUGUUCACCAAAACAUCUCAGCCGAGCAUGUGCUCAUUGACCAGCGAUUCAACCCAUUGCUCUCAGGUUCCGGCCUGCACAAUCUUCUCACCAAUGAUGUUAUCUUCUCGGCACUCAAAUCCAGUGCUGCAAUGGGCUAUCUAGCUCCUGAAUACACCACUACUGGCAAAUGCACGGAGAAAAGUGACGUAUAUGCGUUUGGGGUGCUUGUUUUCCAAAUCCUCUUAGGAAAGCUGAAAGUCACUAGCUCAAUACGUCUUGGUGCAGAGGCAUGCAGAUAUCAAGAUUUUAUUGAUCCAAACCUUCAUGGUAGGUUCUUCGAAUAUGAAGCAAAGAAGCUUGCAAGAAUUGCUUUGCUUUGCACUAUCGAGUCUCCAAUUGAGAGGCCAUCCAUGGAAGCUGUUGUUCAAGAAUUGGGUAACUGCAGUAGUUGCCUCUCCCAGACUUGAUUACUCAAGCUAUUGCUUCCAGAAUUUUCAAAUGGUAGGUGUAGGGAUGACCCACUAACUGCUCCCUGAUGAUGAAAAUAGAUUCCUUGUAAUGUCGCGUCCUUUGGCUUAGGACUAAGCUUUCUUAUGAAUGUGACUGAACCUUGAUUUGUUCUGGCCGGGAGAUAGGCUUUCUUAUGGGGUAUUUUGUUUGUAGUGACUUCUAUUUGUAAGGAGCUGAGUGAAAUCCCCACCACCAACAAAGCUUUCAGACGUGAUUGCAAUCGCGUCUGGGAUUUUAUUCCUCCUGAAUGCAAACUAGAUCUAUGGCA